AUGUCGACUCAAAAGGAAGCUGUUGAGAAACAGAAAGAAACCGUCAUUGAAAUCGAUAACCCAGAUGGUCACAAAAUUCAAUAUGAUGGUGAAGCCAGAUUAAACAGAUACGCCAAAAAGAAAUCAUGGUCAGAUAUCUUCACAAUUAUUUGUUGUGGUGUUGCAUUGAUCUCUGAUGGUUAUCAAAAUAACUUGAUGACAAUGAUGAAUGCUCUUUUCACAAAAGAGUAUCCAAAAGAAUAUAACUCUACCAUGAAGACAAGAGUUUCAAAUUCUUUAUUAGUUGGUGAAAUUAUUGGUCAAGUUGGUAUUGGGUUAACUUGUGAUUAUUUAGGUAGAAAAUGGGCUAUUGUCACUACAACUGUUUUAAUUGUUAUUGGAUCUAUUUUAGCAACCGCUGCACAUGGUGUCACUACAACUGGUAUGUUUUGGAUGCUUAUCGUCUGUAGAGGUGCUAUUGGUGUUGGUGUUGGUGGUGAAUAUUCUGCAUGUUCAAGUUCAACAUCAGAAGCUGCUAAUGAAACAACAAAGAAAAGAGGUCGUAUUUUUGUUUUAGUCACAAAUUUACCAUUAUCACUAGGUGGUCCAUUUGCUUUAAUUAUCUUCUUAAUUGUUUAUUGUGCCGCUGGCGGUGAACAUUUAUCAACAAUUUGGAGAGUUUGUUUUGGUCUUGGUAUCAUUUGGCCAUUAUCUAUUUUCUAUUUCAGAUACAAAAUGGCAACUUCUCAUUUAUACAAAACUUCAGCUAUGAAGAAGAAUGUUCCAUAUUGGUUAGUUUUCAAGUAUUACUGGCCAAGAUUGAUUGGUACUUGUGGUUGUUGGUUUAUUUAUGAUUUCGUCACUUUCCCUAAUGGUAUUUUCUCAUCAACUAUCAUUUCAUCAGUCUUGGAUGACACAAAGGAUUUGAAAAAAGUUGCAGAAUGGACUUUGUUAUUAGGUAUCAUUUCAAUUCCAGGUGUCUUACUUGGUUCAUUGGUCAUUGAUAGCUGGGGUAGAAAGAAUUGUCUAAUGAUUGGGUUCUCAGGUUAUAUUGUUUUAGGUUUAAUUAUUGGUUGUGCUUAUGACAAAUUGAAAAAAAUUGUUGCUUUAUUUAUUGUUUUAUACGGGUUGUUUACAGGUGUGGCAAGUUUUGGUCCUGGUAAUGCAAUGGGGUUAGUCUCUUCUGAAUGUUAUGCUACCCCAGUCAGAGGUACUCUUUAUGGUUUGAGUGCAGCUGUUGGUAAAGCUGGUGCGGCUGUUGGUACCCAGUGUUUCACAUCUAUUCAAAAUAAUCUUGGAAAACAAUGGACAUUCAUCAUUUCUGCUAUUUUAGGUUUGGUUGGUGUUGUCAUUGCAUUCUUUUGUAUUCCACAUUUGAAAGAAGAUGAUUUAUUGAUGGAGGAUGUUAAGUUUGAAAAAUAUUUGAGAGAUAAUGGUUGGACUGGUCAAAUUGGUUUGGCAGAUUCUGACUCAUCCACGGAUGAAGCAGCUUCUUCUGUUGAAAGAGUCACUAUUGAAGAACCACAAAAAGAUGAUACUAAGUCAAUCAACUAG